AUGGCAGCGCCAGUGUCGGCAUACAAGGAUCGGCAAUUCGUUGCUGUCAUUGGUGACGAGGACUCAGUCACUGGCUUGUUGCUUGCUGGCAUCGGACAUAUUACCGACCCUCCUGACUCACAGAAGAACUUUCUCGUGUGCGAUUCAAAGACAGAGAAGCCUCAAAUCGAGCAAGCUUUCAACAGAUUUACCAAAGAGCGGAAAGAUAUUGGAAUCGUCCUGAUAAACCAACACAUUGCGGAGCAAAUCCGAGACACUGUCGACAGGUUCCAGGACCCGUUCCCUGCGGUCCUCGAAAUCCCGAGCAAAGAUCAUCCUUAUGACCCCGAGAAAGACAGCGUCCUUCGGCGUGUGAGAAGACUGUUCGGUGAAUGA